AAAAUGUAUCUUAUUGUAUUAUUGAGGUAUGAGGACCCCAAUUAAGAUAUUCAUGGAAAACUUUAGUUUUGUAUAUAGGAAGUUGGAAAGAUGUAUCUAUGAUUGAGUCACGUGAAUUAUGGAUUCAUAUGUUUCUUUUGCUUGAUGGAAAGAUGUAUUUGUGUCAGCACAAAAAAAAAAAAAAAGAUGUAUUUAUGAUUGAGAAGCCUAGUUGAAGGACUUAAGCUUGUUUGAGACAUAUGUUAUAGACGUGCCACAAUGGAGCUCGAUUUUCGAUGUGCCAUCCAGUUCGUCCAUUGCUUUGCCAAUCCAGAUCACCAACACACUGCAGUAAUUGAUCGACUCCAGUUUUUGUCGCUGAAAGAUUGAGAGUUACAGUUUUCCUUGUUUAUAGGGAGGGCAAUAAGUGUGCAUACUUUCAUUUUUGUCAGAGGUCAUCAGUUGGCGCUCGACUUUCAUUUUGUAUCUGUUUUUUUUAUUUUAUUAUUAUCAUACUUUGAUGUAUUGACUUUUGUGUGACAUUCAUGGGGACCUCCGAAUCUCGACUAGUUUUGAAUGAAGGUUAGAAUGCUAUGUAUUCAUUAAAAUAAAUCCAAAUGCAAAGUAUAAUAAUAAAACAUAUAUAAGAUAUGGAGCUUUAGGGAGGAGAAUGCAAUGCAUGUAAUUAACAAACACACUAAGAACACAGGACAAUGGACCUACAAUCAUGCAAACAAUAUAAUCGAAGUAGAGUAGUUCAAGCUGCAGAAGUGGAACACAAGAAUCUUUGUGGGAUACUCACUAUCCAUUUCUAGCGGCUCAUGUUUCAUGGGAUUUUGUAUGCUCAUUCUCAACCAAAACCCAAUGGAAAUUCAAAGAACCUGCUGCUCACCAUGAUUCAUGUACCUAGUACCUAGCUACAAUUCUCUUCCCUUUCAUGCCCACUAACUAAUGUCUAUAGAAAAAUGGGUAGUUUUGUUGGUUGGAGGUGUAUCAUGUGAGCAUCUUACGACGUUCUCUAAGAUUUCAUCAAAAUUGUCGACGAUUUUGAAUCGAGAAGAACUCAUAUUGAAACCUAUAAUAGCAAUGGUAUAUUCAGAGGAUGCGCCAAUAUUCCCUUUAGGGGAUGAUCGAUGAAAUGCUUGACGAUCUAAACAAUAUUGUUAGACAAGUAAAAGAGGUAUGAGAUGUUUUUCGACAAUAAUAACAAAAUAUCUAACUUUCUACUUAAUUAUUCAUACUCGUAAAUUUAAUCAACUAAAUGCUCAAAUUGUUCGCACUCAUUACGAGCCCGAGGACCAAAUAUCACUACUUCAUCCUCCACAAACUUUUCCCCAAUAUUACACAAUUUUCUGAAAGUACACAUUAUUGGUAUGUAAAGAGUAUGACGAUCCAAGUGACAUCCAAUCAUCCAAGUAGUCAUUCAUGCAAGCCUCGUGAUGUAUGCAAUAUAAACCAUAAGCUGAGUCUUUCUAUAUUCACCUUUUUCAUUGGUUUGUUCAGCAAUACAAACGAAACUUAUACAUUUAUAACAUCAUAUGAUACGAAUUUAGUCUAUACCGAUAUUAUUUUGUAUAAAAUCAUCUGUUACUCACCAACAUUGUAAAAUUUCUCUAGGUGAGAUAUGUACACUGCCGGCCAGUGGGUAUAACUAUUAGUUAAUUAGGAAAGUUUGGUCACAUGUCACAUGGACAAUUAAAACCCUUAGGUAACCAUCUGACAAUCCCCCACCUAUUUUUUUUUAUAACCCCCAAUCAUAAAUGCAACCAUGAAGUCCCUUCACCAUAAUUUGACUACUUUUGAUUAAUAAAAAUUGUAACAAAGUCAAAAGAAAGUUCAGAUCAUCAGUUAAUACACAAAUUAUGAGCACAUCACCCUCCAAAUCCCCAAAGACCAAAGACAGCAGUUGUUUGGUACAAGUAUUGAAGACGUUUUACAUUGCCAUGUGGAAGAAAUUUUGAUUGAUUGUGUACUGGAUUUGGUGAGUUGCAUUAAUUACAAUAACUUAGGGGACACUCCAAAAAUCCAAACACAAAUAAGCUGUCUUAAAACAACGUAGUCACCCUUUACAGCUGACAACAUGUUGUAUCAAGCUUCCAUAUGGGACUUGUUAGAUUGUUGAAGUGUGUGUGGCUCAAAAGUUGAAAGGUGACUUGAAGAGAAAGUCAUUAUAAGAUUUGGUUUUGAAUGAGGUUGUGAUUGCCAGAAUAAAUACUGGGUAUCUAAAGGAUUGACUUUUCUUGUAGUAUUGUCACACUACAAGAAAAUAGACUUUUCAUCACGGGAUAUAUUAAUUACGGGAUUGUUCCCAUGACAAAUGGUUUAUAUUUGGUCACGGGUAUAAUCUCCCGUGUUUAAGUGUGCCAGACAAUGCUAAUUGAUCAUGGGAACGUUUACCGUGAUGUUUAGUCGAGAUGUUCCCGUUACUUAUGAAGGUCCUUACCCACGCGUAAAAAAAUGAUGGCGGUAAGAGUUUCGUUUGGGCUCCAAGGCUCAAAUAUUUUGGUUUUGGCUCCAUCUUUUCAUUAAUUUCAAACUUUACCAAAUUUUUUUGAGAGGAACGGAUACAUAAGUACUUAUCCGUAAACCCUUAUCCAUUAGACUCAUCCCCUAGAAAAAACUCCAUCGAACCCUAAUCGGCUUCUUCUCCUUGUUCCGUUCUCUGGCAUCAUCGUCCCGCCGCUGUUCUCAAGUUGGUGAUAAAGAACGCGCCAAUGGCCGCUGACAUUUCCAGUUAGACGACCUCAUUCCAAUCUGCAUCUGCUCUGACUCCUCACCGCUGGCAUCUUCGCCCCAGAUCUAUUUGACUAUUUCGCUCUCCCUCAAUGUACUUCAGCUACUUGUUAUAGGCGAUGUCGUUGUCCUUUUCAUCCCAACUAUAUGCUUCUCCACCAUAUCUCUUCUCCAUUAAUCCUUAAUGUCGAAUUUGAUGAAAAGAUAAGAAUGUAGAAAGAUUUGACUUUGUGUAUCUGGGUAUCAUUUAGGUUCUGCUACUGGUCGAUUGGGCAAGCGGUUGGUAUCUGGCAAGACAACAAUAAGUGAAGGUGUCCCAUUUGCUUCAAGGUAUGGUUCAAUCUCCACGUCUUCCUACUAGGGCUAGAAUCUCCAUUGUUGGUUAUUAGUUUCUAUUUGGGGUUAAUAUGAUACUAGCCCCUUUAGGCUCGCUCGUAAUGAUUAUAUGGCCUUACAUAUCUUUGAUUCGAAAUUAUACAAGUGAUACCCAUGGAUGCUUGAAUUUAGGUAACUCUAUUUGGGCUUGUUCUUCAUUGGGUUUGUUUUUCUCUUUGUCCCAAAUUACUUGAAGGCCCUAAAGGAAUUUUUGUUUUACGAGCAUUCUUCCUUUGUAUGUGAUCAGGCUUUCAAGGAGGGGAUGCUUUGCUGUGAAUUCUGUAGCCGUUUUCCUCUUGGUGGGUUCUGGUAGGAUACAUAUAUAUGGAGGUUGAGAGUCGUGUCUGUAUGAUUAAAUGUGUCGAUAUAUGGAUGAACCCUGUAGUUUAUUUGAUGGUUCUACAUUAUGUUGUUGUAGUUUGCAGCCUGGGAUAGGAUAAUAUUACUUCCUGUUGGUUUGUUUUGUUUCGUUGUGGGUGGGUUUCCUUUGUUCUAAGCUGGUGGGAUUUAGUGUCUCCUGCCUCAAGAGACCAACUGUUAGUUUGUCCCCUGUUUUAUGUAGCUUUAUGGUUCCUUCAUCCAUUUGAUUCUUCUUUCAGAGGUAUGUGCAGAAUAUGGCUGGUAUUGGGGUGAUGUUUCAUUUUCCCAUCAAGAAUACCUAUGUCUGCUUCUUUGUUAUUAGUAUUAUCUUAAUACUUUGUUUAUGUAUGUGGGACUGGUGUUUAACGAUAGGCACCUACUUGUGUGAUUGUAGUGGAGAAGGUGUUUGUGACUGCAGGUUAUGCCUCUCCCCUGCUCCACCACUACUCAAUAUCACCAUUCACCACUUAGCUAUAAAGUUUCUAAACUUUUUUUUGUUGUUUAUGGCUAUUGCAACUUUCACAAAAUCUAACCGUAGCAAUAAUAUGAGUUCUUGUACACCAUUUGCUACUUUUUUUAGGUACUUGUGGUGUUCUGGUGGUUUGCAAUCCUACACAUGUUGCUGUAAGUUCCUUUCCAAGUCUUCCCUUGUUAUUUCCUUUGCUAUGUAGAGGGGAGAACUCCAUGAAACUACCUAAAUAUGUUGUCGUUGUUGUUAUGUGUAAGCAGAGUCGUAGUUUGAGAUAUACUGGGUUCUAUUUUGUUGAACUUUUUGCAGCUUGCAGAUAGCAUCGACAUGGAUAGAUUGGAGGAAGAUUUAGUCCAUAAAAAGUACUUGCGAUUGCAAAUUGUAACUAGAACAAGUUUGAUUACAUCUUUAGAUUUUAUCUUUUAGGCUACAUGAGUGCUCUCCAAAGGAACAUUCAUUAGUUCCUUGUAAUUUUAAGAUGUUUCUAUUGAUAUUAUGAUACUAAAAUUUAUAAGAUGCAAUUGAAAUUUCAUUCAUUUAUAAAAUUAUUGAUUAAUGUAUUUGAAUUGCUCUUAAUGUUAAAUUUAAUUAGGUAAUUUAUCGAAAAAGUAUAAUUAGAUAAAUAUAAUAUUGCAAUUUUACAGCGACUACAAUCUCAUGGCAAUUAGGCAAAAUCCUGUGACAAAAGAUAUCAUUAGUCACGGGAAAUCCUGUGACUAUUUAUUAAUUUUGUCACGAUAAUCCCCGUGUUUAAUUAUUGGUCACGGGAAGUACCGUGACAAAAUAGGUCUUAUGUCACGGUGGUUUCCCCGUUAUUGUUUUCUUUAAUGUCAAGGGAUUUCCCGUGAUAUUUGACCUUCGAUCACGGGCAUGCUUGACACGGGAAUAUACCGUGACAAAACUUUCCGUCACGGGAAAUGGCUGUUUAGUCACGGGAAUUCCCGUAAUUGAAAAUGAUUUUUCUUGUAGUGUCAAAUUCGGAUCGGACAUCGACCUGGAUUAAUAAGAUGAUUAUUUUUUAGCUACUAAAUGAUGAUUAAUCCAUAUAAAAUCUUUUAGAAAAGAACACUCACUUGCAAUUUGCAAAAAUAAAUAAAUUAUGACUUGAUAAUUCUGAAAAUCAAUACUAAUUUCUACAUUUACUCUUCAUUCUACUAAUAAUAAGCAUUAGUUCUAUGUAGUUUAGGUUGUUAGAAUACUCCACACACCUUCACUUAAAUGACAUGAGUUCAAGUCCAACUUUUCAGGUUGACUGGUUUGAGAGGUUAACCGUCCAAAUUAACCGGUAUUGACCCGAACAAACAAAAAUUGAUCAAACUUGACAUUGCCUGAAGCGAAUUUGGGUCCAUAUCUAGUUAAUUCUGAUUGAACUAAUAGGUCUCUUUCAUCGCGGCAAUAGUAAAUUUUUGAUAAUGAUUGAAUUAUUUGCUUCAUUAAAUUUCAUACCUCAUAUUACAAUUUUGUCAGAAUAAAGUAGUGAGUUUAAGGAUUACUUUGGUUCAAAGCUACAACUUAAUUCGAUAUUAGUUAAUAGGUCUCAAUAUCUCUAGACACAAUAGCUAGCUAGCAUGCAGUUCCACUUUGGUGAACCUUUUGUCUCCUCCAUUAAUAACUUAAUUAACUUGGUUGGUUUAGACUAAACUGAGGGACAUGUCUAUCUUUCCAACGCCAAAAUGUCCAACAAGCCUACCCCUUUCCAGAUAUCGUGAAUGCAUAAUUCACGAUAGUUAGUGCAUGUGUGUGACACAUUAAUUAAUUAUGAAAGCUAAAAAGGGGGGUUAUAUAUUAAUUAUACUUGAUUAAGCUACGGCAAUACAGCAUAUAUAUGGUUUUGCCUUUUGCUGUUCAUUAUUGCAAAUGACACAACUUUUGUUCUUCAUUUUUGUAUGUAUAUGGACCUAAGUAUUUGGGGAAUGAGGUUUUUAAUAUGUAUAAUUAUGCUGAUUAGACAUUGGAAACUUGACUUGAUGGUGGGCUAUUACGUAUUAAUCCUUUCUUCUUUAUGAUCAAGGCUCGACAUUCUUCGAAGGUGCUGUAAAUUUUGAAAUCCUGCGGCCGGAAAGAAUACGUUUGAAAGUUUACUAUAUUGAUUCUACUUAUUAUUUAUCUCGCAUUUGAUAGUAUAUAUAUGUUAUUUUUUUAUAAUAUAUACAUCGUUUGAUAUUUAAAAUGCUACAGAACACUCUAUUUUUUCUACCCAGGAGAAUAUAUAAGAUUCUGAAAUUGAAACACAACUAAUCACGUUACCAAAGGGGCAAGCUUUAGCUUUGGUAACUUUUAUGACAUCUAUUGUUGUGAUGCAAAAGAGAUCGAGCUACAUUGAUCAUCAACUUGGUUAAGGAACAUAAGUUUGGGGUGUGAUUCAAAUGAUGGAACUUUGUGGAAAGAUUGAUGCUUUGCUUCUUUGCUUUCUUUUCUUCUUCUUCUUUUUUUGCUUUGGAAGCCUACAUAUUGGGGACUUGGCCCCCUACUAGAAGAACACGAUCCAAAAUUUUGAAAGAAAGAGUUGGAAUUUGUACUCUUUCAAAAAUUGGUCCUAAAAGCAAAUAAAGCCAAUAGCUUACUUACUACAUGCACGUACGUUCCUUUUCCCUUUUAUCAACUCCCCUCUUUAGGUGUUCUCCUCGAUCACUUUACACAAAGCACGAGUUGCCCUUCUUCUUCAAGUGUACGUAGCUAUAGGAGGUUCUCUUUUAUCCUUUGUGUUGGUGGUAAACCAUGAUGAUCAAACUAUUGGAAUUUUCUUGAUAUUGCGUAGUAAUCAAAAGGCAAGCGAUACACAGUGUUAUAUCGACACUUUGGUGCAAUAUUGGUAUUUUAAAUAUCUAUACCGAUUGACUCGGAUAUGUGCUACAACUAUAGUUUAUAUCCAUUUGAUCAACACUUUGGCUGUAUCUCUAGGACUCAAAUACUUUGCUCAUUCUCUCUCACUUUUAGAAAAAAUGUAUUAACAAAAUUUGAAAGUAACAUAAACAUUUUAUGAUUGUCUAGAUAUGGUGCAAAUAAGUUUUUUUCUAACCACAUACAAUUAGUUUUAUGAUAAUUAGUAAUGUUUAAAUACGAUGAUUAUUAUAGUCUAAAAUCGUGACUUUUGAUGAUAUAUAAGAAAAACCAGCCAUGCACCCAAUUCUGUUGCCAUCCCUACACAAAAUUAAGUGCAGUUGUUUUUUAAAUUGAAACAGAGUUUUAUUCACCUUCUCUUUUCCAGAUUAGUGAACCAUGCAAUUGCAUUCCACAAUGAAUGAUAGAGUUAGCAGACAUCGUUGUGUCCUUAGCACACCAAGCCAUUGCAAACCCCAUCCACAAUCGCGUAUCCGUAUAACAACAACUGCUCAAACAUUGCUUCCUACAUUCCAGAUCUAUGUGCUAUACCGGAUUGAGAAAAAGACAAUGGAAGAAAGGAAAAGCAUAUAGAUUUAAGUGGUUAACUAACAUGAUGUGUAUUAGCUAUGAUUAUGGGUAAGAGAGCGAAUUUCACUACACUUGAUGAGAUACAAAGAUUGAGAAUAUAUAUACAACAUCUUUUUCAGACGGCCUAGCCUAAUCCAACUUGAAAAUGAAAUGGCUACAAACCAGGUUCAAAACAGUAAAUCAAGCGUAGACCAUCGUGAUUUACAAUCGAUCGACGACAGAUAAUCUGUAUUCAACUCAUAAGAACAUCAUUUUCGAACUUAACACAUCCAUCCAAAUGACUGCAGAGAGUAUGACAUGUACCUGUCUCACAAACUCAUCUCCUAGGAAUGACAAAAAUAAUUGUACUCGUAGAUAUAUACCCACCCGAAUCCGAUUUAAUCGGGUGGCAAAAUUCUAACCGAAAUUUUUUAAUGGGUAUGAGUAAAAUUCGAACCCGAGUAUUGCAGGUGAUAAGUGUACAUGGUUUUGUCGCUUCUCCAAUCCGACCCCGUCCGAUUAUAUACAUGCAUAUAUAUUUUGUUUAAAUAUAUAAAAUUAUAUUAUUUUUAACUUAUUUGAUUUAUUGUUUUAACUUUUCACUUAUGCAACGUCAAUAUAUGUGCAAUUGUGAACAUUGUUAAUUGAAGUUAUAAAAAGAAAUUAUUAUCCAUGUUUAAUCGCGGACAUCUCUAACCCGACUAUAUAUGAAUAUAGUUUUGAUAUUCUACCCAACUCUUUUAUAGAUAUAGAUAUAAAUAAAAUCCAAAUUAUUUUUAAUAGGAUAAUGGACAUGUAACGUUGCGUUGCGUUGGCAUUCCAAUUUCCUACCAUCUCCAUCCCCACACAUUGUGCAGCUACCAUACCACUCACCACAAUGUCCAUAGGCCAUGGCCUCAUAGCAGGACAAAGGACUUGUGGGCUGUGGCCCAUAGGCCAGACAGCCCAAUGGAGGGCAAAUGACCCAAUUCCAAACGACAUGCCGUUGCCUCAACAGUCUUCCACCAUUGAACCAAUUAUGUCCCUACACGUGGCCUCCAUCGCUGUAAUACCCGCACCGUUGGACCCACUACAGCUCGUCCCGGUACCCGGAAAGGAAAACCCGUUUCCGGCACUUACAAUAAAUAAUUAAAAUAAUUAAUUAUCCCCUUUUUUUCUUGACCUUUCUCUCGAGUCCGCUCCGGCGGCUUCCUCCAGUUCUCUGGUCCCUUCCGAAUCGGCCAAAAAGGGGAACAAAUACGAAAUGCCGACACUCCGCCGGAGAAAACCCGCCGAUUCCGACAAGCCCACCACCUCGGCACCGUCGGAUGACGCCAGGGGCGGAGGAGGAGGGACGACGGGAAGAGGAGAAGAAGAAGAGGAAGAAGAUUAUGAACAAGAUGCGGACAACAGCAAGAGGAAGAAGAACAACAACAAGAGGAGGCGAAAGAAGAAGGCCGCCGCCGCUGCAGCCGCCGCCGCUUCUGCCGAUAAUAAGCAUCCGGCCCUGCCAUCGGAGGAAGAAGAGGACGGGAGGAAGCACCACCGGAAGCGGUCGAAAUGGUCGUGCGUCGACAACUGCUGCUGGUUCGUCGGCUGCGUAUGUUUGACCUGGUGGGUCCUGCUGUUUCUGUACAACGCCAUGCCGGCUUCCUUCCCGCAGUAUGUCACCGAGGCAAUCACGGGUCCUUCGCCCGACCCGCCAGGGGUCAAGCUCAAGAAGGAAGGGCUCAAGGCGAAGCAUCCUGUUGUCUUUGUCCCCGGAAUUGUCACCGCUGGGUUGGAAUUGUGGGAAGGUCAUCAAUGUGCUGAAGGCUUGUUUAGGAAGCGGCUUUGGGGCGGUACUUUUGGUGAGGUUUAUAAGAGGCCUCUCUGCUGGACCGAGCAUAUGUCGUUAGAUAAUGAAACCGGUUUGGAUCCUCCUGGUAUAAGAGUCAGGCCUGUAUCUGGACUUGUAGCUGCUGAUUAUUUUGCUCCUGGAUAUUUCGUGUGGGCAGUUCUUAUUGCCAACUUGGCUCGCAUAGGAUAUGAGGAGAAGACAAUGUACAUGGCGUCCUAUGAUUGGAGACUUUCGUUCCAGAACACAGAGGUUCGUGACCAAACUUUGAGCCGCACCAAAAGUAAUAUAGAACUGAUGGUCGCUACAAAUGGUGGGAAUAAGGCAGUCAUUAUUCCACAUUCUAUGGGUGUUUUGUACUUUCUGCAUUUCAUGAAAUGGGUUGAAGCACCAGCUCCAAUGGGCGGUGGGGGUGGACCAGAUUGGUGUGCGAAGCAUAUCAAGGCAGUGAUAAACAUUGGUGGACCCUUUUUAGGUGUUCCAAAAGCUGUUACUGGACUUUUCUCUGCUGAAGCAAGGGAUAUUGCAGUUGUCAGGGCCCUUACUCCAGGUUUCUUGGACAAUGAUAUCUUCCGCCUCCAAACAUUACAGCAUAUAAUGAAAAUGUCUCGUACAUGGGACUCAACCAUGUCUAUGAUCCCUAGAGGUGGGGAUACUAUCUGGGGUGAUCUGGACUGGUCUCCAGAGGAUGGCUACUCUCCUAGUAAAAGAGGGCAGAAAAACAAUGAAACCGACAUAAAAAAUCAAGAUGGGAGUGACAGUAAGCCUUCUCAGACAGCGAAGGCUCACUAUGGAAGGAUCAUAUCCUUUGGAAAAGAAGUAGCAGAAGCACCUUCAUCUGAGAUUGAGAGGAUAGAUUUCAGGGAUGCUCUGAAAGGUAAAAAUGUUGCAAACUCUACUUGUCGUGAUGUGUGGACAGAGUACCACGACAUGGGGUUUGGAGGGAUAAAUGCUUGUGCAGAAUAUAAGGCGUACACUGCUGGAUCUAUUGUAGACCUGCUUCGUUUCGUUGCCCCGAAAAUGAUGGAUCGAGGAAGUUGUCAUUUCUCCUAUGGAAUUGCCGAUGACCUUGAUGAUCCCAAGUACAACCACUACAAAUACUGGUCAAACCCCUUGGAGACCAAGUUACCUAAUGCUCCGGAUAUGGAAAUCUUUUCCAUGUAUGGAGUUGGCAUACCGACAGAAAGAGCUUAUGUCUAUCGUUUAUCUCCUUCCGCUGAAUGCUAUAUUCCAUUCCAGAUUGAUACCUCAGCUGUAGGGGAAGAUAAAGAUAGCUGUCUCAAAGAUGGAGUGUACACAGUUGAUGGUGAUGAAACGGUUCCUGCCUUGAGUGCGGGCUACAUGUGUGCCAAAGGUUGGCGGGGGAAGACCAGGUUCAAUCCUUCUGGAAUAAGGACUUACAUCAGGGAAUAUGAUCAUUCUCCUCCAGCUAAUUUGUUGGAAGGCAGGGGAACGCAGAGUGGUGCCCAUGUCGAUAUCAUGGGGAAUUUUGCACUGAUUGAAGAUGUAAUGAGGGUGGCAGCUGGGGAUUCAGGGGAUGAUUUGGGUGGUGAUCGUGUCUAUUCUGAUAUCUUUAAGUGGUCCGAGAAGAUAAAGCUAAAACUGUGACUUGUCAUCAGGUAAGUUGUGAUUUUUCUUGUAGCCUUUGCUGUUCACCUUGCAUUUUGCCCAUUGAUCCAUUGUGAAUUUGAUACUAGACUCCUUUUCCAAGAUUUUGCACAAACCCAUUGGUACCAAUUGAUAAUUCCUCUUAUCAAAUGAAGAUAAGCAGAGUCGAAUUAGGAUAUUCCUGAUCCUACUAGAGUUAGGAUUCCUGAUACAUUGAGGAAAACAUUUUUUUUUUUAAUUGAUGGGCAAUCAAAUUGAUUUAUUAGAGCUCAUUGUAGAGAGGGAAAACCAAUCCUCUCUACCCAAAUGCUUAGAACUACAACUAGAAGCUUCACCUCUACUAAAAAAACUCCUACCCUUUUGACAGAAUAACUAACAUAUAUACAACAAGACAAACACACAAUAGUCCUUUUUAUCCAACAAGACAAACACUCAGUAGCUGUUUUUAUCCCUCCUGAAUUUGAAUCCUGUCCAUUGCCAUAGCUGGGUUGCCUGCAAUUACCAAUUCCAGAACACUUUUUAUUCUAGUGAUGACUCCCCCUGCAUCUGCAAUUGUAUCUCCAUGAAGCCUUCCACAUCUUCUCCUCCAGAGCAUGCUUACUGUCAAGUUCCAGAUCAAUCUCCCAACUUUAGCUUUUGGUUUCAUACCUGCAAAAGCCUUCUCUGCCCAUUUCAAGUGAUCUUCAAACCGCAUUUGAGCAUUGCAGCUCACCUGUACCAGACUCAUACUUCCAUUAAGUACUGCUGCUGAAAAAUUGCACUGCAAAACAAGUGAGAUGUUGUUUCUCCAGUUAGCCCACAUAACAAGCAAGUAUCUCUGGUGCUUUUCCCCCACUGCACAAGCUUAUCUCUAGUAACGAUCUUAUCAUUUAUAACCAUCCAACUCAAAAAACUAUGCCUUGGCAGCAUAUAAGGAGCCCAGUUAAGUUGGUACCAAUUCACUUUGGGUUUCUUAACUCUGAGAUCUUCCCAAACCAUUUUAACUGAGUACCUUACCAUCUUCUUCUGAUUCCAUAGCAACUGAUUUCCCCAGCAAGUGAUAUAAGACUCCACCUUAUCCCUAGUUUUGAGUAACUUUCUCCACACCCAUGAACAGCCACUGCUUUGUUUUACUUCCCACCAAGACUUAUGCUUAAGUCUGUACAUACCUAUCUAGGCCACCCACCAGGAACCACCUUUUGCAAGGAUGUUCCAGAUGUAUCGAGUAGAGCAGGCUAAGUUUUAGGUUCGUAAGCAUUUGAUGCCCAGUCCCCCUUCUUUCCUGGGCACAGUGAGCAACAAGAGCUCUUCUUCUAGCAGAAUUCUCAUCAAUCCCCCAAAGGAAUUGACUGCAUCUAGCCUCUAUUUCUUUAAUUACAGAUAUUGGGAGAAUGAAAACAUUCAUCCAAUACUGCAUCAUACUGCUUAUAACAGAACUGAUCAGCUGGACUUUUCCCUCUUAGCUCAACAUUCUAGGCUUCCAACCAGCUAUCCUUUUAGUCACCCAUCAACCAACGCUGUACAAUCAUGAGCAUUUAACCUUCCAGCUAGUAAAGGCACCCCCAGAUAUUUGACAGGUAAAAAGCCUUUCUGAAAUCCAGCAAUGACAGCAAGUCCCCCAUGUUCACUAUCAGGCAUUCCAGCACAAUAGAGCUGACUUUUCUCAGGAUUAAAUCUCAAUCCAGACAUCACAUAGAACUGAUGUAAUAGACUACAUACCUCCCUCACUGCCUGCUCAGUCCCAUUAGAGAAAAUUAACAAGUCGCCAUCAAAAGCCAGAUGAGUAAUUCCCAAUUUCUUACAACGAGGAUGAUAUGGUAGGGUCCCUUGGUCAGCAGCUCUCUUCAAUACACAACUUAAAACUUCCAUAGCCAAAGUAAACAAGAAUGUUGAUAAGGGAUCACCUUGACGCAGCCCUUUUUUUGCCUUGAAGUAACCACAAGUUCCUCCAUUUAUUGAUACACUAAGCAUUGGGGUUGUAAUACAUGAGGUAGUCCAAC